AACAACCACAACCUUGACAUCUUGAAACCCCUCAGCAUCCCCUCUUAACCCAGGCUAAUCGGCAAGAUGGGCUUCCGGUUCUUAGAGCUAGUCCGGCCGUUCAUGCCUAUCCUCCCAGAGGUUACCGCACCCGAACGAAAGGUCACAUUCCAACACAAAGUCUUAUGGACAGCCACCACCCUUCUCAUCUUCCUGGUCUGUUCUCAAGUCCCACUGUACGGUAUCAUGUCCUCUGACUCUUCCGAUCCUCUCUACUGGCUGAGAGCCAUUCUCGCUUCGAACAGAGGAACGUUGAUGGAAUUGGGUAUCACACCGAUCGUGACGAGUGGGAUGAUUAUGCAGUUGUUGGCGGGAGCUCAGUUGAUCGAUAUCGAUUAUAAUUUGAAAGAUGAUAGGGCGUUGUUGACUGGGGCUCAGAAGCUCUUCGCAAUGAUCAUCGCCUUAGGACAAGCCACCGUCUACGUUCUCACCGGUCUGUACGGAACCCCGUCUUCCCUCGGAGCUGGUGUCUGUCUCUUGCUCAUCCUUCAACUCGUAUUCGCCUCGAUGAUCGUCAUGCUCCUCGACGAACUCUUGACAAAAGGCUACGGACUAGGAUCGGGAAUCUCCUUGUUCAUCGCCACGAACAUCUGCGAGAACAUCAUCUGGAAAGCGUUCUCACCUAACACCGUCAACACGGGUCGUGGACCAGAAUUUGAAGGAGCCGUCAUUGCUCUUUUCCAUCUGUUCUUCACGUGGAACGACAAGACCAGGGCUUUGAAAGAAGCCUUUUAUCGAGAACGUUUACCAAACAUUAUGAACUUGUUGGCGACCGUCGUAGUCUUUGCUGUGGUAAUUUACCUUCAAGGUUUCAGGAUCGAAAUCCCCAUCAAGAGUAACAAGAUGAGAGGACAACGUGCGAGUUAUCCAGUCAAACUGUUUUACACUUCCAACAUGCCGAUCAUGCUGGAGAGCGCGUUGACGAGUAAUGUGUAUCUCAUCAGUCAGAUGUUGUACAGUCGGUUCCCUGAGAAUCUUCUGGUGAAAUUGUUAGGUGUAUGGGAGCCCCUCGAAGACGUCCCUUCUCAACUCUCCGCAGUAUCCGGAAUAUCUUACUACAUCUCUGCACCUCAUUCACUCAAGGCCGCUCUGAUCGACCCACUCCACACUGUCGUAUACAUUGCAUUCAUCGUCACGGCCUGUGCCAUCUUCUCCAAAACAUGGAUAGAAGUCUCCGGUUCCGGUCCUAGGGACGUUGCCAAACAGCUUAAAGAUCAAGGAAUGACUCUGGCCGGACAUCGCGAUGCUAGUAUCUACAAAGAAUUGAAAAGGGUCAUACCCACCGCCGCGGCUUUUGGAGGGGCUGUUUUGGGUUUGUUGUCCGUGGUGGCGGAUAUGAUGGGUGCUUUGGGUAGUGGGACGGGUAUCCUGAUGGCCACGACGAUUAUCUAUGGUUACUUUGAACUGGGUGUCAAGGAGAAUGCGGGUAUUGAUUCUGCCGGUCUGGGCGAUUUGUUGUUCUGAGUGGAUGGCUCGGAAGGCAUGAUUGUCGCCUUGGGGAUCAUUAUGUUCAUCAUGAGUAGUGUGUGUGAGGGGAGGGAGUGAAAUGGAGUAAGAACUAGCUGUGACCUCGGGCGCAGACUGGAGAAAAGAAGGAAUGAGAGAUGACGAGGGACUGUCGGUUGGUCGGCCGGUCGGUCGUGUGAAGGUCUAACCCCAUAAAGAGGGUAAAAGUCAAAGUGAGAGAAACGUGCUUGACGAAUCGGCCAAAAAUGCAUUGAUAUCCAUCUGCUGUGUAGUGGGUAGAGGUGACUGCUCUGUCAUGUCAGUUUACCUACCCUUGUC